CCACGAUUUGUGACAUGAGAUUUCUAAAGGCACACGUUUGAUUAAUGCAUCGUAUGAUGAUGUGUACACGUAUUCAGCAGGCCCAAUUCGUCCGCAUUAGCUAUAUAUAAAUGUAAGGAAGACACUUCAAUGUGUUAAAAGUAAUUGUAAGUCGGCCCCACUACUAUCAUAACACGACUGGCAAGAUGGCACCUUGUUGACUGAACCGCCUGCUUUCUUUUGGAUUCGAUACAAGUGAUCUAGCCACACUUCGGCCUGUAGCUUGAACUAUUUUGGAAACGUAUAGUUCAGGUUUUGACAACAUUUACCUUGAAUCUCGCCCGGCCGCGGGGAUAUCACUCUAGUAGUCUGAUACACUAUUCCAACAUGGAGUUACAUCAUACCAGCCUGGGUGUUUUAAUUCUGGCGUUUGCAGUACCUUCCUCAUCAGUAUUAUUAAAUGAUAUCUGUGCUAAUAUAAGCGAGUCCCUGAUGACACCAUUUAACAUCGGUUUCCCGGGAUAUCCUAAUACAGCUUCCUUCUCUGCCGGGCAGUCAUGUCAUUGCCACAUGUCCAUUCAAGAAAGAAAAUCCUUCUCUUUUUCCGCGAAGAAUUUUAGUACUUCCACGAAGGAUGUAUUGGCCGUGAAAUGGAAUAGGGGAUUACGGACAAAAGUGGUUUCCGAGGCAGGAAAAAACGCGAACAUCACACUGGAGCACCUGCGAGAUUUGACGCUGAGCUUCACGCCAGCAAAAGCUGGUUCUGGUACAAUGUUGCUCGGAGUUAUUGGUGAUCAGAAAGAACAGAUCAAUUUAAAGUGCCAGGAUACGCCUUUCGACCUGAAAAAUGCCUGCAGUAAUAUCAGCAUGAUCCUUGAAACACCCUUUUCUCUUAACAAUCCUGGAUACCCCGAAUCAUUUUCAUUCUCUGCCGGAGAAUCUUGCCAUUGUCGAAUGUUCACAGUCGAAUCGUACGGCUUCUCAGUAAUCGUAAAGAAGUUUGAGACGGAAAGGCGCGAUGUUUUAGCAUUGAAUUGGUAUGAUUGGAACAACAGCACGGGAAGAAAAAACAUCACAUCUGAGGAAGCCCAAGAUGUCACUGACCUCACAACUAAUUUAAAAGAUCUGACGCUAAGUUUUCGAUCAGUGAAAGGUGGAUCGGGUGAAUUCCUGAUCGAAGUUGAGAGCGAGCGCAUGGAUGUAUGGAAUGAAAGCAAAAUUCAAGUUACCAUGAGACUGGACUGUCAAGACCACCCAUUCCAACUCAAAACAGGGUAUGAGAAAAAACGAUUACACUACAUUUUGUACAAUGCAAUCCCUAUUGGAUUGAUGGCUGUCAUUGGAAUAAUCGUCAUAGCAUCGCUACUUUUCGUACUGUGUUUCGGUAAGGUGGAGAAGACAGGCCCACACUACAAACUGGGAGAGGUGGACCCUACUAUAAAGAUUAGGGAACCUUUAGUCCAAUCGACAUCCGACGUUGGAUAUCAUCAAGGCGAAGGCGCCUCACACGAGAACAAGAGUUACGUGGCCAGUCGAUUGUAGAUUUUUGAAGCCGACAAAAUCCAUUGUAUAAAAUGUCAUUUCUUUGCAAAAAAAGCGAUGGGACUUGUUGAUAUCCGCUUCACGUAAUUAGCUACCAUUAACCCAAAUGCCAAAAUGCUGGUGACAUACACGUAUAAAGCAUAGAAGUGCAGAACCAAUAUGAAUGUGAGAUAAACCAGAAUAUAUCACUGACGAUGGUGCCUUAUGGUCUCUUACUCGUGUUGAUAAAAAAUAGGCUAGUUUAGCUGUUCCUAUUUUAUAUGUACUAGAAACAUCAGUCGAGAUUGUAUGCUCAAUACUCCGAAAUAUUUGCCAUCAUUUAUGCAUCUGUGAAAAAUUGAUACCAAUGUGACGGUCAUCACAUGAAUGGCUUCAGUCACCGAAUCGGACAUCGGUCUUCAUCAAUGCCCUUCCUGUUUAAACACAUUUUUUGGGGUUUUCUGACUUUUUUGUUUAUGAGCUGUGAUACAAUUUAUGUUUAGAAAUAUUGCAAUAGGAUAGGUCCUUUAGUGGAUACGUAAGAUAGCAUACAUGUAGACUGAUGUAGUAUUUCACUGUGGUAGAGAUAUAACGAUAUCAGAGUUUUCAAGUCAACCUGUAUUAAGCCUGCAAUUUAAAAAAUCAAAAUGUGCAUAAUCAGGUUUCUGAACAGAUUGGUACAUCUGCGACGUUGAUGUGUUGGUACAUGAAAUACAGUAUGAUAUAUUUUCGACGAACCAGUAUUUGAAUCGAUUGCAAAAGGAAAAUGUCCGACAUCAUCUAGACUUGCUGAAUUGUUUUGUUGUGUUAACACUUUGAUCAUUGCUAUAUACAGUUUUGAACACUUUACUGCACUACUCUGUACAACAAUAAAAAACUUUUAAUAUCGUC